AUGCCCGUCCAACUGCGACAGCGCCUCGAUUGCCACUACUGCGGCCGAAGGUCGAAACAUAGCAAGAAGCAAGACCGCAAGUUCCAGUGUGAGCACUGUCUUGCGGUAAACUUUUUUGACGAGAAUGGCGAAAUCGCGGAUGUUCCUGUGGAGGAGGCUGCGCCCGCGCAGCGCUUUGCCCAACCCGUCCUACCAGAUCCCCUCGCAGACGACUUUUCCUCCCAAGACUCCGUCUUCUGUUCGACAUGUCUCAAGAAUCAGCACUUGUACACGUACAACCUCUCCCAGUUCCUUCCAGACCCCGAGCAUCCCGAUUACGAAAAACUGGAGGCCGAGCUUCCCGAGUAUAAGAAAGGUCUGGAGCAACGCUAUCCGCAAUGCUGUGCUCGCUGCGAGCCCAAGGUCAGGGCGCAACUACAUCAAGCCACAUACAAUGCGAGGAGCGACCAUCUUCGGCGGGUAUUGGAAAGGUCGCGGCAGAGGAGAAUCGCUAGUCGCCUGGGCUGGAGAAGCCUUCUGGUUACCGCUGCAGGACUCGGAUGCUUCUCUAGCCUGGCUAUGCAGGUGGUCUGGCACCUUUAUGGGUCCCAGGUCAGCGGAUACAAGCCUAUGCCACAGCUGCGUCCGGCAGACUGCGUUACCCAGCGACCUCUGGUUUCUGAGUGCCUGGACAUGAUGAAACCUCUGAUCGGAUUGUCUCUUAAUCUAGCACUCUUAUCUAUCUGGUGGAAUCCGAAGUGGCAGUACAGACUUUCCAGCCAGCCAGGAAGUUUAGUCGGUUUGAAGGAGUAUUACUUGGUGCAGCUGGCUCUGCUAGGGUUGAGGUUCAGCGCUUGGGUUGUCAUGUUUCAUGCGCCUCUCGAUCCCAAGAUGCGGUCCAUGCUUCAUGCUUGCUUUGCGGUGGCGAUCACAGUCAUUGCAGGCUGGUCAAUGUUUGGCAUUAUCGAGGUGAAAACCGCCCCUCCUGUUAAUUGGCAUGCAGACCCGGCUCCGUUACUGUCCAACAACCAGUUUGUUUUGCCUUCUGAGCCCUCCCAACCAGAUCAGCCUCGGCCAUUCAGCGUUGGGAGCCUCGCAACGCCACUGGCACCAUCUUACCCAGCAUGGAGACCGCCGACGCCUCCGGAUGACACUGCAGAGUCGAUGGACUGGACUCCCUCUCAACCGAGCUUCCAGCCUGAACUUAAGCAGCUGCGCUACAAAUCCACUGAGCCGUCCCCCUUUCAUGGCACGCUGCCAGCGCUGAGUGUGAAAGGUGUGUAUAAAAAUCCUGGUCAGAACAGAGUGGCCCAAAAGGAGGCGAUUGGUCUACCUCCAGGUUUUUUUGAUCGCCCAAAAAAUCCAGCUCUGCCUUCGCGUCAGAACAAGUCAGCUAGUGAUGCCAUUGCGCAGCCGAAAUUCUUCGGCCACGACAGAGACGCCGACACGGGCCUCGAAAGUAUUUUCGGGACCGUCUUCUCGCUCCAAGAUCAGUCUUUCGACCCAACUGCCACUGCACCGCGAGCUGUUGUCUCCACUUCAGCUCCGUCUUCACAAUCGCCGGAAAGUCUGCGACCGCCAAUUACUCCUCAAAAUGCAUCAUCUGUGUCCAUAUUCAGCGGCAUUUCCUUCUCCGCGGUCUUGAUAGCGGUCGCCGUUUGGACUUUUGAAGCUACCGUCUCACCAAAGACCACGCAAUUUGGCUUCUAUGUUGUACUGAUCAGUGUCUGCGUUCCUAUUGGCCACGUGGUGUUACUUUUGACUUCUACCGGAACCUACGGUCAAGUCUCUCGUCUACUACUAUUCACCAUUGAAGCGGUCUUGUUGAUCGGUAUCGCUAUGCUCCAAGAACCGUUCGGCGAGCUCUUUCGAGAUCUCUGGAACAAGUUGGGCAUCGCGGCGGUAGGGUUGUUAUUGCCGCAAGAAUUUCUGCAGAUGCAUCACUCCAGCACGAGCAACCGGGCUCAGGAGAAGCACGGAAUCCCAGUUCAACCGACCCCAGAAGUCGUGGGCGCUGGCGACACUCACAGCCCACCAGAAACACCAGCACUCAGCCGCCGCGACUCUACGGAAUCGAUGGAGAGUAGGUCCUCGAUCGCCACAAGCUCUACUGCCUGGGACUGGCCCACUCCAAAGCUGUCGAGAGGGCGUUUUGAGCUGCACGAGUCGUCAAAUCCAACGCCAAAACCUCCUGGGCAGGGCGUUAGCUCGCGGGAACGACGGUCGUCUGACAAGAAUAUGCUUGGUAUAGAUACCCUGUCGUUGAGCGACCGUGCAUCUGCUGGGAGUCCUGGAAAUCGCGGUGUGAGAACGGGUGCUUCUUCAGGAAAAAGCUGGGGUCUCGAAUCGUCGGGGACAAGCAUUGCAGGGCCCCGAGCGAGACGGAAAUUUUGA